AAAUUGGAGUUAAUGACUUGUGAUGAUUCAGAAGACGAAUGUUCAUCAAGCAUUAAUCAUACUGUCAUAAAAAUCACAGAAGCUGCUAUUGAAAACAGGUCUCCAUUACCUGAAGUUCUACCAGAGGAUGUCCCAUUCAAAGACUCUUCUAAUACAGAAGGAAAUGUAGAAGAGGGUAAAGUUUUUAGUAACCCAUCCACAGUAGAGGUUAAUGAAAGAGCAUGCAACUUUAUUAACGGUACGCAUGAAGAAAGUGACCUUUUCCAUGGACUGGAGCUGCAGGAAAAGAAGAUACUGAAUAUUAACACUAAUACAACAAUGACAGAGGAGAGCAGUGUUAAACUCCUAAGCAAGUCAGAAGGGUUGAAGAGAGAGCAAGCUAACUUUUCUGAGCAACAGAAAGAAGUGAAGGAAAAGGGAAUUGAAGCAGAUCUGAGCCCCCUAGAUGGAGAUAUUGAAGAAUGUGGAUCCUGGGCAAUGGAUUUGACAGAAUUGUUCAAGGGUAGCAGUAACGAGGAAUGUAACAAACAGGAAGCACUCCAGAAAAACUCUGUGAAAACAUGCCAGAAGAGCAAUACAGUUGAGGAAAAACUGCUGUUUGAAACUGUGGACAAGACAAGUGAUUCCUACAUUGUGCACCAAAAGAAAGAUUUGGAGGAAAAGGUCACUCAUCGUUUACCAUUGUUGCCAAAAUGCCCUGACUUUGAGACAUACAGCAGACCUAUCACUCCAAGUGAUGCUGUACCCACUGAAAAAUCUACUAGGAAGAUGGAAAGAGACGAGAUGGAAAGUGAAGAGCCUUCUUGCUUCUGCAUCUUUGGAAUGUUUCUGCCAAAACCAAAUAAGGGCAGUAAAGAAGUUAAACUAUCCCAGGAAUCUUGUAUGAAGAAGAAAAAUAACUUCUUUAAAAGAAUAUCUGUCUUGAUGAGGAGAAACCGUGUUGUUUGAUUGCUCCAGUGCCAGAGCUUAUGCGCCAAAAACGGUCAGAGAAACAUGGCAUGAAGUGCAACUGAUAUUCUUUGAGCACAAAAAGCUUCAUUUUUUUAUAUUUUUAUAUAUCGAUUAUUUUAAAAUAA